CGCGCCGGGCAUGCGGAAGGCGAGCCACUGUCGGGCGACAGUGAUUAAGAGACCAACAGCAGGAAAACCGACUCGCAGAUUUUGUUUAAAAUGUCCCAACCAGAAUUGAUCAGCGAUCUGGACGUGUCUGAAAAUUCGCAGCACCCUUGUCAAUGUUCCGCAAUUAGCAACAUGGACUCCAUAAGGACACCGCGAGAAAGAAUUGGCGCAUUAGAACGAAAUAUGGGCAGCACGAGGAUCUCUAACACUCAAGAUCUGCCGCGAAGCCUGGAGACCUUGCAAAGCGCUUUCGAGCCGAUACGAAGAUUGGAGAGUCCGCAUCAGGACAAUUCGCAGAUCAACUUGGAGAACGCCAGGAACGUCGAUCUGCUGGAACAUCAAACAAACAUGUCGAAUCCUAGAUCCAUAAAUAGCCAAAGUUCGCUAUUGUCGCUUCACGGUCUCUCCUGCAGUCCGCGUAAUUUGGACUUGUCGCGCAAUCUCGCGUUCGAAGCGGCUCGCAGGGUUCAGGAAAGCUCCAGUCUGCACGACAGUCAGCACAGUCUGACCUCGAGUCCCAGUCCUCUGCUGGAGGCUGGGCCGAAUCUGCUCGAGACCGCCAGCAAGGAGCUGGACAAGCUGGAAGAGCACGGCGGCUUGUCGGCGCAGAAGCAAAGUAAAGAUAAGCUGAAGAACGUUCAGCAAGUACUGAAUCCUUACCAGCACCAUCACGAGCCCGCGGCGGUGGAUCGCGGCGUUCACGGACACUUUCACGGCGACAUGCACGCUCACAUUCACAAACACACCGACAACUUUAGAGGCGGCGCGAACCUGGACGCCGGCGAGAACUUGAUGGGCUAUCAACAGCACCAGCGACAGCACACACAUCAUCAUCACGGUAAUGCGAAAACGAAUGUCGCUCAUCAUCACGGAUCCGGCACGCAUCACACGCACUCGCAGGGGCAUCAUCAUGGAAAUCUGGCGACCAGCCUCACCAGCCAUGUUCACGGAAAUUCUGCUCCUCUAAGCGCCUCUGGUUCCAGUUCCAUGAACCAAACCAGACCGACCACCCCCACCGGACACCGUCAUCCAUCGAUGCCUAUCGCAGCUACGAUAAAUCACGUGAAUUCGCCUCGCAGCCAUCAUCGACUGAACGGCGGUUCUAGCUUGACUCAUCAUUCGAAUCCGGCGUUUCCCAGCGAUCAUCACGGCGCGUCCGGCGCUCUGAGCGGCGCGUCGUCCAAUUCGAGCAUGAUGAACCACGGCGGGUCGCCCACGGUGCAUCGGCACGUGGUCAAUGUCAACGGCAGCCUAUCGACGACGCCGUUGGGUGAUCACCAUCGCGGCAGCUCGUCGGGCAGUUUGACCGGCCAUUCCAGCGUGAACCAUCAUCACGUCAGCUCCGGAAUAUCGUGCGAGUCCUCGUCGUCGAACGCCAAUACUAGAGCGCACAGCAGGCUGGACCACGUUCACGAUCAUCAUCAUCACCUACAAUCGGUGCACUCGCUGCACUCGAGUCAUCCCGAUACCAGGCCGAGAGACCGAGCGCCCUCGAGCUUGGAUCAUCACGGGCACCAUCACGGUCAUGUUCACAAUCACAGCCACCCGCACGCGCAGAACGACACCAAAAACGCGUCUCUUAUAGGCGUCGACGCCAUCCAGGUUUCGGCCCCCACGAAGAACAAAUGUCAAUGUCACGUGGUGCAGCAACCCGGCGGAAACAAUAGAGGAAUCGAGGGUGAAAGUGACGGAGGCGUCGAGGUGGCAUCAAGAACGCAUCAACCCCCUGCCCUUCCGCCACGUCCACCGCCCAGACCGGCGAGACGUUACGAGGCGACUGCUGCCAGUCAAUGUCACACCGGCGAAGGUGGAUGCUGCAAGAAGUACGUUGUCCUUUGCUGUCUCUGCGGUGGGUUAAGCACGGCGGUCGGCAGCCUCUUUUUGGCGGUGCACGCGAUUCUUUCGGCCCACACGGCCAGUCUAGCGCUCUUCGAGACUGUGCCGUCUUACAUUCCUGGCAUUAUGUUGAUCGUGAUGGGUCUCUUUACAAUUAUGUUGGCUAGGCGAAAGCACAGAUACGGACUUCUGAUGAAAGUCUGCGGUUCCGUGGCAGUGGUGUGCGCGCUGGUGUGCGUGCUCGUCACCAUCACGACUACGGUAAUCCACAUGUCCCGAUUGCAGAACCUUCGCGAGUGCGUUUACACCGCGCGCGCGAGGUCGUGUACAUGUUACGCCGCACCGCCAUCGAAAGGGGAUUCCGGGGUGUUGUUUGAGGGAACUGCUCACUGCGAUGCGGUGCACGGCGCACUUUCGGACUGCCUGAGGGCUCUUUUCGGUGUCUCGGUGGCCGGUAUAUUGGCCUGUAUAUUCUCGUGUAUGCUGGUAUACCAAUUGUUGAGUCACGAGAAGAAGAAGAUGUACUGGGAGCAGUUGGAGCUGAGAUGCAGAUCGUUGUACGGCCAGGGUGGUACCGUGGGAGCACCGACCGCGGCCUGCGGAUGCUGCAACGACUGCGGAGGCGCGAGCCCGUGGUGGGCUCAGACGCCGGGAAAUCUGUACACGCCGAAUCCUGAUAUGGCACCGUCCAGGAGAUGGCGAUUACCUUGGUCCAGGUCGAGAGGUCCAGCUCCAAGUCCUGAUUCGAAUUACGGCUUUCACACGCAGGCACGCCCGGUGGAAACCAACGUGGAGAGCGUAACCGGCCCUUACAGCGUUCUCAGUUCGCAGUCGAGCGGUCCUUAUUCCGUUUUAAAUACUCAGAAUGCUCCGUACACGCCGAGCACCGCGUCCUACAGCGUUCUGGAAACACCGGUGCCGUUAUGGGGACCGCCACCUCCUUACAGCGAUCCGAACAGUCCUGCCAGACGACUGCCGCAAGUGAUCGAAGCAAGAGCCCGAAUUGCAAAGAGGAUAGAUAAUUUCGAAAAUAACGAAGAUCAUAGACCGAGAUCCGCCAAACGUCCUUCUGACAAUUAUGAGAAUGCCGAGGAGAUAUCUAACAGCACGGAUCCCGAGGGCGGAAACGAGGGGACAAUCAAAAGCAGAAGAGUUAGGAAGCCUCUGAAGGGCGUGGAGAACGGAGGAUUUCAGCAAGAAGCGAAUCCUGGACCGAAACAGUCCGAGAGCGAGCUAUAUUUCGGUGACGUGUCCUCGUGCUGCGGACCCGAAAGCAGCUUCUACGAUCUGGCUGUAGAGAAAGAAGGUACGGAACAUCCGGAAGGUGUCGACCUUCUGGCGACCAGGUUGGGCAAACGUCAAUUGUCGAAAAGAUCUCGGAUGCCUCUUCCCUUGCCUACAGAUCACGGCGAGAUUCCUUCCGACAACUACGCGAAUAGCGAUGAGCCGAGAAACGCGAGAGGUCCGUUCCUCGCUCCCGAUGCGCAAUACGAAGUUAUUCAGCAGGGUCGUUAUUCCUAUUACGCGUCCAAGGAUGACGAAGAGCUGCAGGAGGGCCCGACGAGUUCCAGUUACUUCCGGGAGGACGAGAACGAGCGAGGGCGAGAGAGAGAUUACCGAGACUACAGGAACAGCCAAGAGGAAGAAACGCCGCAGUGUUGCUUGAGCGAUUCGACCACCCUGGACUCUGGUUGGCAGAGCGGGGAGCAACAGCAAUCGGACGAUAACGUUCGGCCCGUAAAUGUGUGAUCUUAGACCUGUAAGAUUUUAGUGAAAGCGAGCGCCGAUUACUUGCCGGAAGAUGUUACACGAAAACAAUUAGAUCGUAGUGAAGAAAAUGCGACAAUAGUUUCUGGUCUGUGAGUACGUAAUUUAGAUCGAUCGUAUGUAAGAUGCUGUUCUCAGCGAGUAAAGUAAGCGGUUGAAAAUACGGAAGUUCUAUCUUUCAAAGAUUUACUUGAUUGUUGAAGUAGGAAAGUUAGGGACACGAUGAUGGUGUUUGAGCUUGACAGGUAAAGCCCUAGUCGGAUGAUGAAUAUGAUGACAGAUGACAGCGUUUCGCGUGUUUUUAAAAAAUGUAAUUAAGUUCUUAACGCACUAAAUUUAAUUAACAGUAUGAAAUGAACAAAUCUCGAGAUGGUGCGCGUUUCAAUUUAUAUUGCAUCAAUUAAUUUUAUCCUCGAGCAUUAUAAAAGAAGUUAAUUCAAGAACAAUAUCUUGUAAUUUAAAAAUGAUUCAAGUAAUAACAACAUCGAUGACGCUAUAACAUAAUACGUAUUUACGAAAUAAUAAUAAUUUAAUAGUUAUUAAUUAAAUCUUCUGUACUGAAAGGAUAUUGUUUGCCACAAUAUUCUUAUUCCUUCAUAUUAAAAUGUAUAUUUUUAUAUUAUUUGCACGAAGCAAUUAACGACGAACUGCCGUCAUAAAAAAAUAUAUAAAAAAUUGAGACAGACUUCGAUAAUCUGUAGUGAUAUAAAAGUAAUAAGAGAACACUAUGAUAAUGCCAAACUCAAAUGCUAAUCUCGACUUCGGCGAGAAUAAAUUGCCAUUAAUUUCUUUCGUAAGAAGCUUGCCGGUUCAAUAUAAUCUAUAUACAUGUACUAUUCGCGUACAUUUAUUGCAGAGUAGAAUACGAUCAAGUGAUAAUUUAUGAUAAUCCUCGAUAGAAUCUUAAGCGAUGCAAUCUGUGGUAAACAGUCUGGGUGCACAAAAACUGGUCGCGUUCAUCACGAUGUGCAUCAAUGGCCGUAAUUAAUGAACCGUAAUAAAAGCAGCCUGAUCGUAUUAAAACACGAUCAACUGCUAGAUGAAAAUACGUAAAACGAAAUAUUUGCGGCAAAUUCUGUGUAUUUUUGCUAAUUAAGCGAUAUCGCUUGUAUUGCUCGUAGUAAUAAAUAUUGUGUGUCUGUGUGUGUGUUGUGUGAGUGCUAAAUAUAACUAAGAGAUCAUCCACGAUGAUAAAGAAUGGAUGAAAGCGAAUGAGACAGAAUGGAAGGAAAAAUAUAUUAAUUUCAUAGCUAAACUGUUUGUCGAAAACGUAUGCAUACACGAACAAAUGUAUGUUUAAAAGAUAUUUUCCUUAUUUCGUAUUUAUUUGCUAUUUUGUACUAUUUAUUACUUUUAAUUUGAUAAAAAUAAGCUAUUUUUUCUUAAACUUGCGUAUUUGAGUAUUAAUUGCCGAUGAAUCAAUCGACAAUUUCUUAAAUGUGCAAAAACACAUUUUAUUCUUGCCAAUUAGUUGUUAGCUGUAAUUGCAAAUAGUUGUUGUCUCUGAAAUGAUCAGAUGACACGUUCGUAAGUUAUAAAAAUACAUAUUUAAUAAUAAUUUUAUUUUGUAAUUAAAAAAUUGUUUCAUUGUGUCAUUUAUAAGUCUAAUUUAUUUCGUAUCAUGUUUGACGUUUCAUUCGUUCACUUAAUAUUUUCGUCGGUUAAAAAUGUUAUGCGAGACUUUCGUUCGAUGACUGCAUGCAUCGUUAUCAGUGAUUAAUGAUGGAUCACUACUUUUUUGAGCGUUACGGGCGCGAACACUCGCUUUCGGAAUUACAAUUCGGGUGGACCAAGGACAAUAUAGAGAAAUCAAUCGAAUUAAUUAGCGAUUAGGAUACUCGUCGGUUGUCUAUUUUCGUUAUCGGCUCAAGAUAUAACUGAAAUGCAUAUUUUAUCAUCCAGGAGUGGUAGAAAUUAUAGCGCAAUAGCUUAAUGUCGUCUAACAAUAAGUGAAUGAAGUGUACCUUAAGGGUGAGCCGCGAGUCAUAGUAAGUCCGGCGCGCCAGCGAACAAUGUACUUGACAAUGAUUAAGAAUAAAGAAUAAAUUUUGCGAAGAAGACUACGUAAG